AUGUACCAUAGCAAAGUCUUCCACCUCACUCAAUUCAGCCUGGACAAUCUGAAAAGACUUACAGACUACCCCAAAGUCGCGAACCGCAUCCAUACUCUGAACAUCAGCACUCUGUUCUUUGCGAAGGACGCCACGAUGCACCUGGACAGAAUCCGCGUACUCCUGUCAGGCAUAGUAUCGGAUCUCACUGAUCGUCUACGCGAGAGAAACUCAAAAGAGCCCAUCGAGGAUGAGCAGCAGCUCGUCGGAGCAGCCGUUGACAAGUUCAAUCGCGCUCUUGGCCAAGAAUCCGACGGAGAAUUCUGCGCGUGGAUGAAAUUGCAAGGCAUCCUGGCAAAGUUUCCCAAGCUCCGCAACAUCGUCAUCGUCGAGGGUGAUGAGUGGUACGUAGCCCCGUAACGACCAUAAUGUCGUUACACAUACUGAAUGUAAUAGUUCAAAUCUACCGAGGUGGUUCGAAGACACACCGAAGUGGUGCCAAGCAGGACUCUUGACCUUCGACCGGGACUCCGCACUCUGCGAGCUGAUCAACUAUGUGCACCAGGCGGCUGCGACCAACCGACUUCUUACGCACCUAUGGAACACCAAGGCUCAUCAGAGAACUCUCGAAAUCCUCUUCCGCGCCGUUGAGAAUCAGCGAGGUUGCAGCAUACAGAUAAGCAAUCUAAAAGUCCAGGGCAAGAUUGAUCUGUCGAAACUACCGACCGACAUUCGCACCUUGAGAGAGCCGCAUUGCGAUGGACUGAAAUCUAUCACAAAAUUGGAGAUAGCACUCAGUCGUCCAGUGCUCACGGAACCGGCUCCACAGCGCGACAUCGUCGGCCGAUUCCUCUCUCAUAUGCCCGACCUGACAUUCUUGAGUCUAAGAUUUCCAUCAGCGCAGUAUCAGGAUCCCGUCACGCGAGCACAGCGACAGGUUUACGUGGAGGACGGACUGCAAUCCAUGACUUCAAUCCCCGCGUUCGUCGAAUUACGAUUUCUGCAUUUGAAGAACGUAUACGUUGCCGAUUUGGACCUCGUAAAAGACUUCCUCGAUAGGCACAGACACUCGUUGAGGGACGUGACCAUGACGAAUCUGGGAAUACACAGUUCGGACUGGAAACCCUUCGCUCAUUUCCUGGGUUGCUCGCUAUCGCUGGAAAGAUUUGGUCUGUACUACACAAGGUCGCCGGCGCCUGAUGCCUAUCCCGAUGCAGAGGAGGAGGACGGACCGACGACAGAGGAGUGGCAACAUGCUGCAUCACGUGUAGAAUUCGGAGAUGUUGCUGAUGAUCCUUGA